CUAAAAAAAUAACUGUUUUGGUGCUUAUUAUUCACUUAGUUCUCCUUCUCCUUCCCUUCACCUACAAUACCCAAGGCUCCUAUUUAUACUCUAUUAGAGGCUGUGAUUUUGUUUGCUAUUUACGACUCUUCUAUUAAACGGUCGAAAUAAAAAAGAACGAGCAUACCGAAAGAAAAAUCCAAGAGCAACCACCACAUAUUACUCUCUUUGCGCUAUUCAUUCACAAAUACAACUCCUUCAAAUCUAUUCUUACUCCCACAUCUCCUAUUGCCGAUACCAAUAUGAGGGUAACACGCGCUAUUUCUUUGACCAACUUUAUGGUCGCUACUUCAGCACUCGGCUUCCAGGUCUUUGUACUCUACCCUUGGCACAAAGAACUCGACAACGGGUUUGAAGACCUUAAAAAGGAGCACAUGAAGGUCCUCGAAGCAGUGGGAAAAAGCGUGAGCGAACAGCAGCGCAUGGCCUUCUCCAACAGGCUCAAGGAACUCAAGACAGAAAGCUCUCGACGAUGGUGGUGGAUGUAAAAGAUCAACACGGCGAAAGAAAUAUAAUUUUCAACGGUUGAGGGACCGACUUGCCCGGUCUAAAACAAAAACAUAGAUGGAUUAUCGACGUCAACGUUCUAAACUACACAAUCUAUGGUUCUCGCGAGCAAUCUCACGAGCUACAUGAUGUGAGAAGUUCACAGAUGAUUUUCUCAGGAAAGAAUAUUCUUUAACGGGGACUAUUAUGGUUUGGAUUGUUCAAUACCUCAUUCUUUAUCAGCAGCAUACCAUCUAAAUUUCUUGCUAAAUACUGACUAGCCACUUAAUAAAUCUUCAUGUUAGACAUCG